CCAUUAUCAACCACACUAAUACAACUUCUCAUAUCUCUUCAGCUCCUCAAACACUGAAAAAGAAGAAACGCAGAGAAAAAUGGCAACAACAACAGCAGCAGCUCUCUCUGGCACGAUGGUGAGCACCUCCUUCGCGAGAAGACAUGCAGUGAGCAGCCUGAGGGCACUCCCCAACACGGGGCAGGCGCUCUUCGGCCUCAAGGCGAGCCGCGGAGGGCGUGUCACUGCCAUGGCAUCAUACAAGGUGAAGCUGAUAACACCCGACGGAGAGAAGGAGUUCGAUUGCCCCGAUGACGUCUACAUUCUCGACCACGCCGAGGAGGUUGGUAUCGACCUGCCAUACUCCUGCAGGGCUGGCUCUUGCUCUUCAUGUGCUGGGAAGGUUGUGUCAGGAACACUCGACCAGUCUGACCAGAGCUUCCUUGAUGAUGAACAGAUUGAUGCAGGUUGGGUCCUCACUUGUGUUGCGUAUCCUCAGUGUGAUGUUACCAUUGAGACCCACAAGGAGGAGGAACUCACUGCUUAAAUUGUGAUUUCUUCUUCUUCUUACCAUUUUCUUAACUCUGGUUUCUUCUCAACUGUCGUUCCUCAAAACUCUAUUAUCUCUUGUCAUGUUUUUGUUUUUGUUUUUGUUGGUUGGUUGGAUGGAUUAGUGUAUUUCAGGGCUAAGUUUUUCUUUGCUACUGAAUGAGCUUAUUAUUAUUAUUAUUAAA